GGAGUUUGCAAAUGGCCUGGCUGUGAAAGCGUUUGUGAAGAUUUUGGACAAUUUUUAAAGCACCUUAACAAUGAACAUGCAUUGGAUGACAGAAGCACUGCUCAGUGUCGGGUGCAAAUGCAAGUGGUUCAGCAGUUAGAAAUACAGCUUUCUAAAGAACGCGAACGUCUUCAAGCAAUGAUGACCCACUUGCACAUGCGACCCUCGGAGCCCAAGCCAUCUCCAAAACCUCUCAAUUUGGUGUCUAGUGUCACCAUGUCUAAGAACAUGUUGGAGACAUCCCCACAGAGCUUACCUCAAACUCCCACAACACCAACGGCCCCAGUCACCCCAAUUACCCAGGGACCUUCUGUAAUCACCCCAGCCAGUGUACCCAAUGUGGGAGCCAUUCGAAGAAGACAUUCAGACAAAUACAACAUUCCCAUGUCAUCAGAAAUUGCCCCUAACUAUGAAUUUUAUAAAAAUGCAGAUGUCAGACCUCCAUUUACUUAUGCAACUCUCAUAAGGCAGGCUAUCAUGGAAUCGAGUGACAGGCAGUUAACACUUAAUGAAAUUUACAGCUGGUUUACACGGACAUUUGCUUACUUCAGGCGUAAUGCAGCAACUUGGAAGAAUGCAGUGCGUCAUAAUCUUAGCCUGCACAAGUGUUUUGUUCGAGUCGAAAAUGUUAAAGGAGCAGUAUGGACAGUGGAUGAAGUAGAGUAUCAGAAGAGAAGGUCACAAAAGAUAACAGGAAGCCCAACGUUAGUGAAAAACAUACCCACCAGCUUAGGCUAUGGAGCAGCUCUUAAUGCAAGCUUGCAGGCUGCACUGGCAGAGAGCAGUUUACCAUUGCUAAGUAACCCAGGACUGAUAAAUAACGCAUCCAGUGGCUUACUGCAGGCAGUCCAUGAAGAUCUCAAUGGUUCGCUGGAUCACAUUGACAGUAAUGGAAAUAGCAGUCCAGGCUGCUCUCCUCAGCCUCACAUACAUUCUAUCCAUGUCAAGGAAGAACCAGUGAUUGCAGAGGAUGAAGACUGUCCAAUGUCCUUGGUGACAACGGCAAAUCACAGUCCAGAGCUGGAAGAUGAUAGAGAGAUUGAGGAAGAGCCUUUAUCUGAAGAUCUGGAAUGAAAAGGGACUUGAGAAACCUCAAAAUGAAGGGACAUAUCACUGACCUUCAGAACCACUCCGCAAACAUGAAUAUUUGACAAAUUUUUACUGUGACUAUUUAUUAAGCAUGGAUAAAGAAGAACAGCCCUAAAGGAACUUGUUAAGCCAGCCCUUUGGGACCCAGUAACAACAGGCAAAUUGCUUGUUUUUCUUCUUUUUCUUCUUUUUUUCCUUUUUCCUUUUUUUUUAAAAAAGAGAAACUGAUUUUCUUGAGAAAAAAGAAAAAACAAAACUGUUCUUUAUAUAAUGGCUUGCCCAUUUAAAAAAAAUGUGGCUCUUAAGGGUUCAUGAAAUGACUGAAUAUGAGGAUACAUGUUCUGUAGAAAGCAAAUGGGCCUCAUAUACUGCCAAAAAUAGUAUUAGUUUCAUUAAUGUGAAUUUCCAGCAUACAGUAGUUGUAAUGUUAGAAACAAUUGCUGGUCAAGUUCAACUUGUUGCUAUUGUUUUUAAUUUGCACAGGAGUAGUAUCAGAAGUUAGUGUCACUGCUUGUAUCUAGCUGAAUUUUAAACAACAGAACAUUAGUUUUUUAUGUUGGUGCCACCAACUGUAAAUGACAUAAGUUAGUUAUUACAAACCACAGUAAUUAGACUGUUGCAACCAUCUAAAAACCUUUAGGCUUCCAGUCUGUGCUGUUAGUGUUAAGAUGUAAAGUGCAAUCCUAAGCUAACAUUGUCUGUGCAAGCACCAUAGAAACAUUUGCAUAUCUGCAUAUAUCUUACAACUGUACUCUUUACCUCCUUGUGAUAAAGCUUUGUCUACCUGCAAACACAGUCAAAGGCUACAGCUGCAAACCAAAGCCAACUCUAACAAUGGCCAAUAGCUCAACGACAGAAGCAGCCACAUGCUUUGGUCAGCCUUCUGUAACUUUAAUUAGUACAAAGGAACCUUUCCAUGAACUACCUGCUGUUUUCUGAUGACCUCUGGGAUCUUUUCAUUUAGCCCUAUACAAAGAAACAAAUAUGAAAAAGUCAAUUCAUUCACAGUGUAAUCUUCUGAGGCCAAAAGUCAAUCUAAAUGCAGUGAAGAUUUGCUUUCAUUUAAGACAGAGGUGAGAACAAAGUCUGCAGUGGAAGUUAUGAUAGAAAGCAACAAAUGUGGAUCACUGACCAAAAUAAUUAUGUACUUGAUGCAAAUGCAGAUUGCAUAUUGUUAUAUAUAAUGCAUUAUGUUUUAUUUUUUUCUCAUUCAGUCUGUUUUUUUCUGUGGUGAAUACAUGUUGUUAGAAGAUGUCUUGUAUGGUCUUACUCUUUGUUGUGUACUAUUUUUUAUAGUCUUAAGUUAUAAUGAAAAGAAAAAAAAAAAGUAGGAACCAAACAUAAAAGGUCUAGUAAAGCCAAAAAUUAAUUU